UAUAUCUUAUCUGUGUCUGUGACGUCCGUCUUGACGUGUUGUUUUGAUUUGGUUGAGAAAACGAAAACAAUACCAAUUUAAUUUACGAUUCUCAUUGAAAUCAAGGCGUAAAACUCAAGAAAAUACAUCAUGAAUCAAAUGAAUAUGCACGUCCCCAUGAAUGCUGUGGCCGGGGCACCAAAUGUUGGUAUGCAAAUGCCAGUUACUGGGCCCAUCAUGCAGCAACCAUCUCCUCAACAAAUGCAGCAACAGCAAAUGCAACAGCAGCCGAUGCCGCAGCAGCCGCAACAAGACAAGAUGGACAACAUCUCUAAAGUCAAGACUCUCAUGGGGUCACUGCGGGAGUCUAUACCUAUGACUUUAAAGUCCGCGGCCCAGGUACUUCACCAGAACUACAAUGUUGAUUCCGUCUCUCAGAAGGGCAUCGAAAAUCCAGUACCAAGGUUUGACAAAAAUUUAGAGGAAUUCUUCUCUCUUUGCGAUCAAAUGGAACUGCACCUGCGCACGGCGAUCACGUGCAUCCAGCAGGCGCAGUCGGCGGCGCACUACCUGCCGCUCACCGUCAUCCCCUCGCGCCUCGACGCCGCGCCCACCACGCAGGAAACCAACCCGCUGUCCUACCCUCAAUACCUGGCGACGGUGCGCGCGCAGGUCUCCUACGCGAAGGCUAUCCACGACAUCCUCGAGUCCGCCGCUCAGAACAUCUCCCCGCCCGAGCUGCCGGACAAAGGGCAGGUGUGAGUGAGCGAGGACUGCGCGGCGCGCGUGCAGGACAUUAUUGGUGUGCUUAAAGUGGAUUAGGUUGUGGUGGUAGGGUCAUUCUAGUGAUAGGUAUACGAGAGUUGUCACGCGGUUCAUACGUUUGGCGCAACGCAAGAGUCUUGGUUAGCGCAGCCCUGUUGUUAUGAUAUUUAUUGCACAUAAAAAACCGGCCGGUAAAUUUGUAUAUCUAUGUAAAAUAUCAGCUUAUCUUUACCUGUUUCUGAGAAAAAGGGUGGUGACAGACAGACAAACGGACAAAAGAGUGAUCCUAUAAGCGUUCCUUUUUUCCUUUUGAGGUACGGAACCCUAAAAAGUACAAAGGCGAUCUUAAUACUAGUAGCAUUUUCUACCAGCUAACCUUUGGUGAUAUCGAGAAAGUGAUUGGUAGUGCGAAAGUUUGAAAGGAGAAAAUUUUAUCCACGUUUAUCGAGCCACUGAAAUAUACUUACUUAUACCUACAUAUAUUAUACUAUGACUCUCUCGUUGUAUUAAACAUACCGAUUGUAUGACAGCUCUCGUUCGUUAGUUUUUGUCAAUCUAGAGUGACCCCCAUGACUAGUGACAGUGAAGUGGACAAGCACGCGUCGCGCAGCCGGCAGUAUAUUAAAUAGAACUUUAUAAGGUUAGAAAAGGUUUCUCUUAGAAUUAAUUCAUAGAUUUGACGUUAGUAUAAGUAAGUUCCAGUGACGUAUCUAUGGAACGGCAAUGGCAGGUGGAACUUUUUCAUUGCUCGUGAGUGUAUUAUUAUAAACGGACAAUCAAUUAGAAAAUGAUAUUUAAAAAAACAUAAUCUCCUUCAGGAGAGCGUGGUUCUUUUGUAUUCAAGGUAAUUAUCGAUAAGUAUAGUUUUAGACCUGUAAAUAAUUAAGUAAGAACAUAAAGUUAAUAAAUGAACUGUAAUAUAACAUC